CCUACCUACCUAAGCCAACAGCACCCUACCAACUGCCUCUACCCUCGUUUCCCUUCAUUCCGUAGAGUUUCUAAUAGUCCUUUGAGGUUUUGGAGCCGUUGUAGACCUCCUUAUAAUAAUGCGUUUGGACUUUAAGAGGAAGUUUUUGACGCACACAGAUCGCGUUAAAGCAAUCGAUUUCCAUCCUUCCGAGCCAUGGAUUCUCUCUUCUCACUAUAACGGUGAAGUCUGCAUCUGGAAUUAUGAAACUCAGACGCCAGUAAAGAAAUUCGACAUCAACGAUGUCCCUAUCCGGGCUUGUGCUUUUAUCGCUCGUAAAAACUGGUUCGUCUGCGGAAGCGAUGACUUCCAACUGCGUGUGUACAAUUACAACACUGGUGAAAAGGUUACACAGUUUGAGGCACACCCUGAUUACAUUCGGGCACUUACUGUUCAUCCCACACAACCAUUUGUUUUGACUUGUUCUGACGACACAAAAAUCAAAUGCUGGAACUGGGAGCAGAACUGGAAGUGUGUCCAGGUGUUUGAGGGUCAUUCUCGCUAUGUCAUGAGUUUGGCAAUUAAUCCCAAAGACACGAACACAUUUGCCUCCUCUUGUUUGGACGGAAGCGUCAAGAUUUGGAGUUUUGGCUCUACUGUUGCCAACUUUACUCUCGAGGCGCACGACAAGGGUGCCAAUUUCGUCAGUUACUAUCCUGCUGGCGAUAAGCCAUACCUUGUUACAGCCGGUGAUGAUCGUUUAAUUAAGAUUUGGGACUAUCAAACGAAAGCUUGUGUUCGUGUGUUGGAAGGCCACACGAACAACGUCUCAUUUGCUCUCUUUCACAACAAGUUCCCUCUUGCAAUUUCUGGUAGCGAAGAUGGAACCGUUAAGAUUUGGCACACCCUCUCUUAUGAGUUGGUGAAGUCUUAUAACUUUUCUAUGGAGCGGGCUUGGUGCAUAUCUCAAAAUUCGGAGAACGGUCUAGUGACAGUGGGUUUUGACAGUGGAAUAAUCGUUUUCUCCCUGGGACGUGAUGAACCUAUUGUAAGCAUGGACAACUCGGGCAAAAUUGUCUGGUCUACAUACUCCGAAAUCCAAUCCGCCAUGAUUAAACCCGUUGCGAAUGAAGAGGUUACAGAUGGUUCGUCCAUCAAUCUGUCCCCCAAGAGUCUUGGCAAUUCGGAUACCAUUCCCGUGAAAAUGCAACACUCGCCCAACGGUCGCUUUGUGACCGUAUGCGGAAGUGACGAAUACAUUGUAUACACAGCACUGGCAUGGCGUAGUAAAGUUUACGGAAAGGCUCUUGAUUUUGCUUGGUCUAACGACGCUAAUGCUUAUGCUACAAAAGUCUCGGAUAAGAUCAUCAAGUUCUCUAAGAAUUUCAAGGAGCGUCCUGAUGCUUUGGAGCUUGAUUAUUCAUGUGAUGCUCUUUUCGGUGGCCAUCUUUUGGGUGUAUCGGGUGCCGACUUUAUCUGUUUUUAUGAUUGGGAAUCCAAGAUUUUGGCUCGUAAAAUUGACGUGAAGCCCAAAAACGUUUACUGGAGUGAAGAUGGUACUCGUGUUGUUCUCUCUUGUUCUGAUGCAUUUUAUAUUCUUACUUUUAACGCUGACGCCUUUUAUGCCGCUGCCGAAGCAAAUACUAUUGCAGAUGAUGGCGCAGAAGAAGCUUUUGAACCAGUAUUUGAGAGUUCCGAUGUUGUCGUCAGCGGAAAGUGGGUUGGUACUACGUUCAUUUACUGCACAGGCUCUGGACGUCUCAACUAUCUUGUUGCCGAUCAAGUCUUUAAAAUCAGCAGCGUUGAGAACUACGUAUAUCUUUUAGGAUACUUGCCCAGAGAUGGACGGAUUUAUCUUGCUGAUCGUGACUUGAAUAUAAUCAGCUACGCUUUCAAUUUGAAUGUGGUUGAGUAUCAAACCGCUGUUCUUGAUGGAAACCUCGAGGAAGCCAAAUCCAUUCUCGAUAAAAUUCCCGAGGAUGAAAAAAGCAAGCUUUCUGAUUUUCUUUCUGAUCUUGGUUAUAAGGAAGCUGCUUUGGACCUGUCUACAGAUGAUGAGCAACGCUUUGAACUUGCGUUAGAAGCCGGCCAACUGGAAACCGCGGCUGUUCUUGCUCGCUCAUUGGACGAUGUUUCAAAAUGGAGACAGCUUGGUGAUGUGGCCCUCAAUAACUGGGACUUUGUUUUGGCUGAGGAAUGUUUUACAAAAGCUCAAGAUCACAGUUCUUUGUUGCUCUUAUAUACCGCUUCCAACAAUGUUGAAGGUCUUGAAAAGCUCGCUGAUGCUGCCAUCUCUAAGCAAGUUAAUAACACUGCUUUCGUUUGUUCAUGGCUUACCAACCAGCCAGACAAGUGUAUUGAGGUUCUGCGUUCUGGUAACCGUUUGCCGGAGGCAAGUUUCUUUGCUGCUACCUACAAACCUGAAGCCGUGAAAGAGCUGUUACCAGAGUGGAAGGAAAGCCUUGUUACGAAAAAGAAGGAAAGAAUCGCGAAUGCACUUGAUGACAUUUAAGCCCUUUUAAAACAUUCGUUCUAAAGAAUCUGCAUACGUUGUAGACAUUAAUAUCAAGUAACCGCACAUUUUUAUGACUGUUUAAUACUCACAGAGGCUACAUGUUUGAAAUAAACACGCGUGAUUCAGGAUUCUGUUGUAGUGACAGAUACUCAUUCUACAGUAAGUCUACGAGUACACUGUUUGUUCUAAAAGCUGUGUAAUACAAAUGGCCGCGCACCUAUCAAGGAGGGAAAAGCGCAGCUUUAUAUGGGAACGGAUGAGAGAGGUCAUGCGAAGGAAAUCGCUACAACCGAGCAGUGUGAAUUGGCGAAGUAAGGUACACGAUCUAAACUACUGUAAAAGAAGGAGCGGAGAGAUGUAUAAAUCAGAACGAUAAACUGGUUUGAACGAAUGUAGAGGAGUAAUGCUUUUAAAUUUGCGUGGGAGAGUGUGAAAGAUUAGUGAAUGAAUGGCACAGACAAAUUUGAAGCGAAUUACAGUGAUUUUUUGAUUGUGCCAAAGAAAGAGAGAGGGAGAAAGAGAGAAAAAAAAAAAUAAAAAGAGAGAAAGACAAUAAAGAGUGUGGGAUUGUGUUUGUAAGCUGAAUUGUUUGUUG